CCGGGAAAAAUAGUAGUCAUCCCAAUCAACGGCAGACAUGAGCUUGGCGGCGGCGCUGACGCAGGCGCUGGACGCGUCGUUCCCGCCCGUGGCCUUCACCAUGGCCUACGGCUCGGGCGUGUUCCAGCAGAAGAAUCACGACGCCAGCUCCUCCAUGGUGGAUCUCGUCUUCGCCGUGGACGACCCGGUUGCUUGGCACGAACAGAAUAUCGAGCGCAAUCCACAGCACUACUCGAUGCUCAAGUAUCUGGGCGCUGCCAACGUCGCCGCCUUCCAGGAAAAAUUCGGUGCCGGUGUGUACUAUAAUACACUGGUUCCUCUCACUGGCAAACUGCUCGGGACGCGACUCAUUAAGUAUGGAAUCGUGAGCACCCAGUCGCUGUGCGAGGACUUGACGACAUGGAAAACGCUCUAUCUCAGUGGCAGAAUGCACAAACCUGUUAGUAUCUUAGCUGCGAGCGGCGACAUCCAGGUGGCAAGCUCGAUGAAUUUGUCACACGCGCUCAACUACGCGCUGCUUUGCUUGCCUGAGAAGUUCUCGGAGCACGAUCUGUACAUGAAGAUUGCAGGGAUUUCAUACCUCGGCGAUUUCCGCAUGACUUUUGGUGAGAACCCGAAGAAAGUGCGCAACAUUGUGGACGGCAACCUCAAGUCGUUCCGGGAGCUCUACCAGCAUAAAAUUCACGUGAGAAAGAUAUUUUUGUCCAGACACUUGACUAUUGCUAAUUGCUCACUUGAUGCUGCUCCUUCAGAACUCUCCUUUCAUGUCUCGAUCAAACUCCGACAGUGAUAUGCUACUCGCCAACAGCAGCGAUCAUAAAGUGAGGCAGACCAUUAUGGAAGCGCUUCCCUCCAACGUGCUUAAGCGUCUUGCGGCCAAAUCCCACGCGGGUAGCACGGUCGACCACCAGACCGUCUCUAAGAAGCAACUACAGCGCGUGAUCGCGUCGAUUGUGUUCCGAUCAAGUCGCUCGCAAAGUAUCAAGGGCAUCGCUACGGCUGGAGGUGUGAAAUCUAUCGUCUAUGUCGCUCAGAAGCUCAAACGCACUUACUUCAAGUGACGUCCGAAAUAACGUGAUAGUGGAAAAGCGUAUUCAAAAGUUAUCUAUCUAUUGCAUUAGUCUGCUUAGACGGUCAAUACCUUCUUCAAGUACUCCACACGGGUCUUGGUUUCCUGUGCGAACUCCUUGUCCUCAUC